CCCAUUCAAAGAGAAUAUUAACAUGGCAGAGAAUCACACGCAGCAAAAGCAUUUCGUUCUAGUACAUGGCCUAGGUCAUGGAGCUUGGUGCUGGUACAAACUCAUUCCCCUCCUCGAGUGCGCAGGCCACAAGGUCACGGUGGUUGACCUUGCAGGUGCCGGGAUCAACUUGAAGGAAAUAGGCCGAGAUGUUCUUACAUUCCAUGAAUACACUGAGCCAUUGUUGAAGAUUUUGGCCUCACUGCCUCCUAAUGAAAAGGUCAUACUUGUAGGGCACAGCCUUGGCGGCAUGAGCUUAUCUCUGGCUAUGGACACCUUUCCAGACAAGAUUUCAGUUGCCGUUUUCAUAACAGCACUCAUGGCAGAUACCAUUCACAAGCCAUCAUAUGUUAUAGAUCAGUAUUUAGAGAGUGUCCCAGAAGAGCAAUUCUUGGACACGGAGUUUAUACCCUCUGGCACCCCUGAACAUCCUCUAACCUUAACAAUACUCGGACCAACGUACCUGUCUUCCAACCUUUACCAGCUCUCCCCCAUUGAGGACCUGGAACUGGCGAAAACAUUGCUUAGGCCAGGAUCAUUCUUUCAACAAGAUUUGUCCAAGGCAAAGAAGUUCACCAAUGAAGGUUAUGGAUCAGUGACUCGAGUUUUUGUUGUGUGCGAUGAGGAUAGAACAAUAAACAUUAAGUUCCAAUGCUGGAUGAUCGAGAACAAUCCACCUAAAGAUGUUUUGGAGGUCAGGGGUGCAGAUCAUAUGGCGAUGCUCUCAAAACCACAUGAAGUUUUCAAUCGUCUUCUGGAGAUUGCCAAUAAAUAUGCUUGAUCAGAUAUAGACUUCUAAGUCCUAAAUUCUAAUAAUACAUCUCUUGCAUCACAAGAUAUGUUAAUAGUAACAAAAUAAAUAAAUGUUAGUGAUGUAUUUUACGUUUUGCCUACAACUAAAUAAAGGUACUUGUGCAAUUCUGCCAAUUGACUUCGUUGGAACAUGGGGAUGUGAAUAAGUGAAAAGCGAAUUU